AUGCCGCGCCAACCAAACAUUUCACCACACCAACAUCUACUCAUGGACGAAAACGACCGCCUUGCAGCAGAAGUGACGGCGCUUUCCACGCGGCUCAUGACCGAGGUGGCCAAGCUGCUGCUGUUGGAGGAGACCGUGCACCACUUGCGCAAGGAAAACCGCGAGUUGGCGCUGCGGCUAGGCGACAGCAAAGACGGCGCGGGCCAGAGCGAGCUUGAGAAGGCGCGGGCCGAGCUCGACAGAAACAGAGAGGAGCUUGCAAAGACCAAGGGCGAGCUUGAAAAGGCCAGGAGCGAACUUGCCAGCGCCAACGAGCUGCGGGCGGCGGCAGAAGCCAAGAACGCGCAGCUUGAGGGAGAGGUGGAGGACUUGACGGCGUCGCUCUUCAACGAGGCCAACCAGAUGGUGUCGGACGCCAGCCGCGAGACACACCAGUACAAGAUCAAGAACCGCAAGUUGCAGGAGGAGUUGGGCGACAAGGACGCCAUCAUCGACAGUCUCCAGGGCCAGUUGACCGAGUUGAAGGCGCUCAUCAUGCGCAUGGAGGACGACCAGGCGGCGGCGGCGUCGGUGUCUGCGCCGGCGGCUAAUCCGGCCGGCGUGCUAGCGCAAACUAUUUAUUCGCCGCGAGUCCGGGCGCUUCGCUACGACUUGCCGCAGUACCAGGUGGCGUUCAAGGCGUUUGUGUACCAGUUGAUCAAGCCGGACUUUGUGUUUGACUUGGCGCUGCUCAAAAACCUCCGCUACUUCCGCGCCAUCUGGACCGAGGAGCUCGAGCCGGCGUUGGAGCGUGUGCCUCUGGGCACCACCUUCAUGUCGCGGUUUCUGAAGGGCCGCACGUUGUGGGCGCUUUUGGCCGAGGGCCGUGCCAUCAUCGAGCCCGUGAGCGGCGUCAACGAAACGUUCAAGCUCACGUACAAGGGCGAGAAGACGGGCAAAGAAGUGCCGGUGGCCGUGGAGGAGCCGUGUCUGUUUUGCGGCGAGGACAAGAGCGACCGCAUGGAGCACGCACGGCUCUACUACCUCAAGCUCUACGAGCCGGUGGAAGGCGCAGCGCAUGGCGCAGCGCAUGGCGCCGCCCGUGACAUUGCAGGCGAGGCCCACGAGGUGGUGGCGACGCAUGCGCUCUGCAACUUUUGCUUGGUCAAGUUGCGGGCCAUUUGCGAUUUUUUUGCCAAGUUGCGCCUCGUGCAUGGCAACAUCUACCGGUUGCUGCAGUGCAGUGCGUUUGACGACGUGGCGUACGUGCAAAGCUUCCAGUUCAAGCGUGCCGAGACACAGACGCCGGGCCAUGCCCCAAGCGCCGACGAGGCGGUGGUGCUCAAACUCUACAUGACGUUGCUUGCGCUUCGGGCCAAGAUUUUCUGGAGCAGACGCGGCAUCUGGGACACCGAGGAUGACGUGGACAGCGUGCGGCUAGACGAGAUCCCCAUGGACGUUUUUCGGCAGAUUGUGCGGGACGACGUGACGUUCGGACACGAUGGGGGGAGAGAGUGCUACGGAGGGGAAUGA